AUGAGUGAUAAACGAGAGGUGCAGUGCUGCAUCAGUGUGACACCCAAACCUAACCAGCCCGAUUCAGACCGGAGAUAUUCAGAAGCUGUGGAGGCCCCGACGUCUAUGAAGAUCCAGCAGGAGUCUGGAAACGUCCAGCAGGGGGAGUUUUGGCCCUCGGCCCCUUCCUCCUGGGCCUGCGAUCCCGUCCCUGCUGAUUUCCACCAGAACACCUUUGUGAAUGAGACGGGACACAAAGGUAACAGAAGCGGUGGUAUCUUCUCAGGAGAAGUCACGCAGAACCGCACCGAACGGCCCGGGGUCAGAGGUCACGGCUUCUCGAGCGGUCAGCGUGAUCCGCACACGUCAGGACGCAGAGACGUGUCUCCCAUCGCCCCUGCUCCGGCGAGCUCGGGGCCCGUGCUGCUCGUGGCCAGGGCUUCGGUCGUGGUGAUUCUGCCCCUGAAGCAGACGGCGGCGGCGGCGGCGUCCGGUUUGAGGUUCACGGCCAUCGCUCCGGCUCCCGGCAGCGUCCCGACCGCAAACAGAGCCGCUCCGCCUCGGCCCCGCGAGCACGUCUGCUCUCAUCCUGACUGCGGCAAAACAUACUUCAAGAGCUCCCACCUCAAAGCGCACCUGAGAACACACACAGGUGAGAAGCCGUUCAGGUGCUGCUGGGACGGCUGCUCGCGGCGCUUCGCCAGGUCUGAUGAACUGUCUCGCCAUCGGCGCACGCACACGGGAGAGAAGCGCUUCUCCUGCCCCGCUUGUCAAAGCCGCCGCGGCGCCAGCGACCAUCUGGCCAAACACGCCCGCCGCCAUCUAUCUGCUCGGAGGACGCCGGCGUGGAAGAAGGAGGUCUACCGUCUGAACGGCAUCAGCGGCGUCGUCACCUGCAGCCUCUGGCUCCAAAAGCAAGAGCUGACAAACUCCUUCGCGCCUCCUAUAUAUAUAUAGAUAUGUGACGGUCUU